AUGGAGGCAGGAGGACAAAGACGAGGAACGCAGUGCUGGUGGUUUGCUAUCAGAUUUUCUCUGAUGCUCAGCUGUGUGGAGCGGGUUUCAGCUCAGAUAAAAUAUUCAAUUCCAGAGGAAGUAAAGGUAGGAAGUGUUGUUGGGAAUAUGGCAAAGGAUCUGGGACUGGACAUAAGUUUACUGGAGGAACGACGGUUUCGUAUUGUCUCCGGAGCUGAAGAUGCUCAGUUUGAAGUAAAUCCGAACAAUGGUCUCUUGCAGGUUCAUGGGAAAAUCGACCGAGAGGAGCUCUGUGAAAACAUUUCCCCGUGUUUGAUAAACCUAAAAAUGGUAGCUGAUAACCCCAUGGAAAUACAUUAUGUAGGAGUGGAAAUCAUAGAUAUAAAUGAUAAUUCACCCACCUUUCCUGAUGAUGAAAAAGUAUUAGAAAUUUACGAGUCGACUCUCUCAGGUAAACGAUUCCAGUUGCCAGCUGCACACGAUGCAGAUGUUGUUACUAAUACUGUACGCAUGUACAAAUUAAACGAUAAUGAUCACUUUAGUUUGCAAAUUCGAGACAGAGGAGAAGAUAAGAUACCAUUCUUAGUUUUACAGAAGCCUCUGGAUCGGGAAAAGGAGAAUGAGCAUAAACUGAUACUAACAGCAAUUGAUGGCGGAAAUCCACCGAGAUCAGGGACUCUUAAUGUCACAGUCAUAGUCCUCGAUUCAAAUGAUAACCACCCUUUUUUUAGCGAAGAGGUUUAUUCAGUGAAGAUACCAGAAAAUGUAGAAAGGCACAGAAGUGUAAUUGUGAUAAAGGCGAAUGAUCUGGAUGAGGGUGUAAACGGAGAAAUUGAGUAUUUUUUUGGAAGCGAACUUGACCCUAAAGUAUAUGAUACAUUUAGCCUAGAUAAGGACACUGGUGAAAUUCGAGUCAAAGGCGGAAUUGACUUUGAGAAUAUGGAAGUAUUUAAGUUGGACGUCCACGCCACAGACAAAGGACAACCUCCGAUGAGUACCGACUGCAGGGUGAUUAUCAAGGUGCUGGACGUAAAUGAUAAUAAACCUGAGAUAGAGGUAACAUCUUUGUCAAAGAUUGUAUCAGAAGAUUCCAAACCUGGGACUGUGGUGGCUUUGAUCAGUAUUACAGACCAAGACGCGGGUUUAAACGGUAAAGUAAUAUGUAGUCUUUCAGAC